AUGGCAACUCGAAAACAUCACAGCCAACAUCAUCCAUACGCUACACCCUCUAAACGUUCUAAACUGAUGGAUACUGAACGCCAUUAUCAAAUUAUCGAGUUCCACGAAGAAAAUUGUCUCCAAAAAAUUGUGGAUGUUGUACCAACUAGUUGGAUUACAUACGACAUAAAAUCAUGUAGGCUCGUUUCACCAUUUCCGGAGAACUUGAAAAUGAAAAAAGAUCGUGAUUUCUUACACCAUCUUGUGCGAACAAAAUCCAAUCCUCCGCAGAGUUGGAGAAAAUGGCCAAUUAUUAUACGAGGCGAUUCAAAUAACUACACUGAUGCAUUAGACAAAAUUAAAAAAUUAAAAACUAAAAAAUACGCUUAUACAACAGAUUGCGAGAAACAUGCUGAAGAAAAAGCAUUAAAAACAUUUAAUGCAAUAAAGAAAAAAAAUUUUAAAGACAACGAAAAAUUGGGAAAAAAACUAUUGUCCCAAGUUCCCCAGCUGGACGAUGAAGAGGACGAUUUAGAGUUGAAUGAAACUAACAGUUUAAAAGAUUCAAGUAAAGAUAGCAGCGAAAGCGAUUCCGAAAAUUUCCAAAGAACUACUACUUUUCCUGAGGCAGUAAUAGAAAACAAAAAAUCAUCUACAAAAUCAAAAGAAGAUAAUCUGUCAUCAUUAUCAAAAAAUGAUGAUAUUUCUGACAAUGAAUUGUAUAUUGCUGAAUCACCGAGUUUCCAUCAAUCAAAAACCCAAAAACCCACUGAUAACUUAUCUGCUCCAGAUACUUCAAAAAAAAUUUUGAAUGGCAUUAACGAUAUAAUAUCAAUGCAAAGAAAAUUAACUCUGCAAAUCACAUCGAUGGCAAAUGAAAUAAGAGACGUAAAAGAGAUAUUACGCGUUAGAAAUAUCAAUCAAGAUGAUGAUUGUAUAAUAACCUUUACUGAUUUCAUGGAGAAAUACGAGUUAAACAUGCCUUUUAGUGCUUUAGAAGACUUUCAAGAAUUUGAUAAUCGUCUCAAAAUUGAAAAAAAUUUUCAGUUGGAAUUCAAGCGAUCCAUCUAUGUAACAAUAGAUAGGGAUAAUAGUGUGUCAAAAAUGUUGACAAGUAUUUUGAGAAAACUUGUCAAAAGAGUAGUUAUGUGCCAGUAUACGUGCCUUAAGCAACAGGGCACUAAACUAAUAUUUAAAGAUACAGUGACUUGCCGUUGUAUCAUCGAUAUUGUAUUUAAAACAUAUAACAAGGAUCAAGAAAAUCCAGUAGUGACAGAAAAAUCUUUCUUUACUUGUCUAGGUAACGUAAUCUCUAAUGCGAAGGAUUGGGAAGGCCAACGUACUGCAAGAAAGCAGAGUAAAGAAUAA